CGACCUCGGCUCGGGAUGCGCCAGGCUCGCUCGAGAGUCGAGCCCGGUUCAUUGACAGCCCUCGCUCAGGGGAUCAGGUUCAUCUAUCUCCUCCCUUUGUUUCUUUCUUCCCUUCUCUCGGGCUCUCUCUCUCUCCUCCCUUGCUCUUCCUUCCCUCCCUGGCGGCGGCGACGACUGGGCGAGCGGCGGCGCCAGGUCUUCGUCCAGCCCUUUGCCGGCGACGAGCAUCCUCCAGAUACCAAUGACAUCCAUCAACCACUUCACAAAAGAAGGCACAUCUGUACUGCAGCCCAUAUAUACUGGGACAAUAUGAAGUUUGAGGAAGAUGGCCAUUUGCUAUCUCAGGCAAAAAGGGAUUUGUCACGUGUGGAUUAUCAAACACAGCCUUCGGAGUCCAACUAUGUUACUGACCUUAGAUCACAUGCAUAUUCUGAGGAUCGUUUGCCACUGGGAAGAGAAUGUCAGAGGCAGAAGUCACACCUUCCUACUUCAAGCUGUUCUUGGGAAAACUCUUCUGCAUUAGAAGCAGCAGCACCACCACCAAGUAGCCCAGAUGCAUUAGGGCAUGCAUUCGGGAAAAUGAGAACCAAAACCAACACCCUCAGUGCAAGACCACAUUAUCGUGCUUCAUAUCCUGCCACUGCUCUUCACAUGACAAAGCAUCUAGGAGAAGUUGAACUCGAUUAUGGUUUAGAUCAUUCUGAUCGUUGUUGCAGAAGAUCAGACCGAUUUACUGCCUUGUCAAGCCGCAGUGGUCAAUCUGUAGAAAAUUGCAGUGAGCUGGGCGAUUAUGCCAGUGCCCCCCACUAUGUAGAUGGGAUCAAUCCUAUUUCACGUCAAUGGUGCUUUGAUGAUGGAGGCCCUUCGGUACCAAGAGGGCUGCAGUAUGGCGAUGAGAUCCCUUCUUUGUCUAGUAAGAAGCAUAAUGGGCUACCUUCACUCUCAAGCCAAUGGCACUACGAUCUUCAAACCCCAUUGUUCUCAAGAAGACAGGAGUAUGGUGAUGAGAUCCCGUCACUGUCUCCAAAUUGGCGUUACCGAUAUAAGAUUCCUCUGCACUCUGGUCAUUGGUGCCAUGAUGCUGAGGCACCUGCACCAUCAAGGUACCGGCAAGGUGCUUCUCAUUGGAAUGGUCACUCAAGACAAAAUUUUGCCAGGAUUAAUACCAAUGAGCAAUCCAAAGUUACCACAAGCAAACAUGCUUUUAUGGAACAUAGGAUGGUCAACAGAGUUGUAAACAGUAGUAUCCACCACAGGACCAAUAUGAAAGAUAAUAGGUGCAGAAAUCCUGAGGAUAUAAAGGACCAAGUUCGUGGGCCAAGAGCAAGUAAAUUGAAUAAUACUUCAGCUUCAUCCAGUGUGAAAGAUAUCUCAAGUCCAUUUGUCUGUAGGGAUCAAAUUAAUAGAUCCGACUUUUCAGUUCAGUAUAAACAGGCCAAGUUUUUCAUGAUAAAAUCAUAUAGUGAAGACGAUAUUCAUAAAGGUAUCAAAUACAACGUUUGGGCAAGUACAGCAAACGGGAAUGAUAAACUUGAUGCUGCUUACCAUGAAGCUCAAAUUUUAAUGAAAGAGAAUGGGGAGAACUGUCCUGUGUUCCUAUUCUUCUCGGUUAACACCAGCGGACAGUUUGUAGGGUUGGCUGAAAUGUUAGGCCCUGUUGAUUUCAAGAAGACCAUGGAUUUCUGGAAAGGAGAUAAAUGGAAUGGCUUUUUCCCUAUAAUAUGGCAUAUUAUAAAGGACAUUCCAAAUCGUCUGUUCAAACAUAUAAUUCUUGAACACAAUGAUUACAGACCAGUUACUUUUAGUAGGGACACUCAGGAGAUUGGGUUGGCACAAGGUAUGCAAAUGUUGAAAAUUUUCAAGGAUCACCUUCAGGGAACAUCAAUUCUGGAUGAUUUUGAUUUUUAUGAAGAAAAAGAUAAUGCAUGCCGUGCCCAAAAGGGCGAAAACCCAGAGUCAACACAUCAAGCUAGAUUUUCUGAAGACUUGGAGCCGAUGGGAAAUUUGGAGGCACGCAUGGAGAGCUGGAGUUUGUACGAGAAUUGGGACUAAUGCACAGAUCACUGUACAACUGAAAUAAAGAGCAUUAUUUAUGAGUCAGUAAAGUAGCUGAAGGCACUGACGCUCCUUUGGAGAACAAUUCCAACCAAAAAUUGUCUAUACGUGUCAUCUGAAACUGCUUUAUUGUUAUACAGUGUUUAUGUAGUAGCAUAGGUGUAUUGGUAAACAGAGACGUGAAGAGAUUUUAGCACCGGAGAUUUCCUGAAACCAGGGUACUUCGAUAUUUCCAGAAUUCUGGUUACUUGUCAAAUGUGAGUUUUGAGCCUUGUUGCUUGUUACUACUUUUUAA